AUGUUCGCAAAAUUCAUUCUCGCUGCUCUUGUCGCCAUCGUUGCCUUAUUUGGAUGUGGUGAAUCUCAAUACGUCUAUCCAGCUGCUGCUGCUGCUGCUCUUCCUGCUUACUAUCCAUCAUACUACGGAGCCGCCUAUUAUGGAUACGCAGCACCAGCUUAUUAUGCUUGGGGAUCCAACAAGGGAGCUGCUCCAGCUCCUCGUCAAGCUCCAGUCAAACCAACUUUGACAACAGAUAACUAG